AUGUCAAACAUUGGUAUCAAUGGAUUUGGUCGUAUUGGCCGAUUGGUGUUGAGAGCUUCGCUGGAAAAAGGCGCCAAAGUUGUAGCCAUCAACGAUCCAUUCAUUGGUAUUGAAUAUAUGGUAUAUCUAUUCAAGUACGAUUCCACUCAUGGACGUUUCAAAGGCGAAGUUUCUGUUGACGGAGACGUUCUUAUUGUCAAUGGAAACAAGAUCAAGGUGUUCUCUGAACGCGACCCAAAGGCUAUCCAAUGGGGAUCUGCUGGUGCUGAUUACGUAGUAGAAUCCACUGGUGUGUUUACUACCAUUGAAAAAGCAUCUGCUCACUUGGAAGGUGGAGCCAAGAAAGUUAUCAUCUCUGCACCAAGUGCUGAUGCACCAAUGUUUGUUGUUGGUGUUAACUUGGAUGCAUACAAUCCAUCAUUCAAAGUUGUAUCUAAUGCUUCAUGCACAACUAACUGCUUGGCUCCAUUAGCCAAGGUUAUUCAUGACAACUUUGGAAUUGUUGAAGGUCUUAUGACUACUGUUCACGCUACCACCGCCACCCAAAAAACUGUUGAUGGACCAUCUGGAAAAUUGUGGAGAGAUGGCAGAGGUGCUGCCCAAAACAUCAUUCCUGCAUCUACUGGAGCAGCCAAGGCUGUUAGUAAGGUUAUCCCAGAACUUAAUGGAAAAUUAACUGGAAUGGCUUUCAGAGUACCAGUUGCUAAUGUUUCUGUUGUUGAUUUGACCGUAAGACUUGCAAAACCAGCAUCAUACCAAGAUAUCAAAGAUAAAGUCAAGGAAGCCGCAGAAGGGCCAUUGAAAGGAAUUUUGGGUUACACUGAAGAUGAAGUUGUGUCUUCCGACUUUAUUGGUGAUACCCACUCAUCAAUCUUUGACGCUAAGGCGGGAAUUUCAUUGAACGACCAAUUUGUCAAACUUAUCUCAUGGUACGACAAUGAAUAUGGUUACUCCAACCGUGUUGUGGAUUUGAUCAAGUACAUGCAAUCUAAGGAUUAA